CCUCUCUUUCUCUCUCUUCGAUCGAUCCUCUGCUUGGUAGGUUUGAAGACUGAAGAUGAUGGAAAAUCAUAGCUUGGAAUCUUCUCUUUUAGGUGGCGAUGAUCAUGCAAGAAGAAGACGAUGGACCAAAGCUAUCCUCUACUUUUCUCUAUUUAUCAUUCUCGCUUUUCUUCGUUACACUGGAAGCGGGGGGAAAAUAAGAGUAGGGAAUGCUCAUAAUGUUCAUAGACAGAUUGCUGGUGCGGAUAUUGUUGAGUCGAGUAAAGGAGUGGUGGCAGCCGAUGAUGGCCGUUGCUCUGAGAUUGGUGCAUCAAUGCUUAGAAAAGGCGGUCAUGCAGUUGAUGCUGCUGUUGCAACCGCAUUGUGCGUGGGGGUAGUCAAUCCUAUGGCCAGUGGAAUUGGAGGUGGGGCCUUUAUGAUUGUUCAUUCUACUUCUACAAAUCAAACUGUAGCAUUUGACAUGAGGGAAACUGCUCCUUUGGCUGCUUCCGAGGACAUGUAUUCCAACGACCUUAAUACCAAGUAUGAGGGUGCAUUGUCAAUGGGGGUACCUGGUGAAUUGGCUGGUCUACAUGAAGCUUGGUUGACAUUUGGGCGGUUACCUUGGAAUGAUUUGUUCAAACCAGCCAUUAAGCUUGCCAAAGAGGGGUUCAUAGUGGAGCCAUAUCUUGCACUCAGCAUUUUCAACAGUGGUGAAUCGAUCCUAUCUGAUCCUGGAUUAAGAUCUGUUUUUGCCCCAAAUGGGAGAUUAUUGCAAGCAGGGGAUACUUGUCAUAACAUUGAACUUGGGAGGACUUUGGAAGCAAUUGCUAAUAAUGGACCAAAAAUCUUCUAUAUUGGAGAUAUUGGUAAGAAGCUAGUCAAAGAUGUGAGAAAUGCUGGUGGGAUUUUAACAUUCGAGGACUUGAGGGAUUACAGAGUGGUAGUAACCGAUCCUAUUUCUGUGAACACUAUGGGAUAUACCAUUUUAGGAAUGCCACCUCCUUCAAGUGGAACCGUUGCCCUGUCUCUGGUUCUUAACAUAUUGGAUAGCUAUGAAAGCCUUAAUGCUGCAAAAGGGGCUAUAGGCUUGCACAGGCUGAUCGAAUCACUAAAACACACGCUGGCUGUUCGAAUGAACCUAGGCGAUCCCAAGUUUGUAGAUAUCAAUAAUACCAUAUCCAAUAUGCUUUCUCAUUCUUUCGCGAAACAACUUCAGCAAAAGAUAUUUGAUAACACCACUUUCCCUUCUGAUUACUAUUUGCCCAGGUGGAGCCAGCUUGAUGAUCAUGGAACAAGUCAUUUCUGCAUUGUAGAUGGAGAUCGAAAUGCUGUGUCAAUGACCACAACUGUAAACUACCCUUUUGGAGCCAAAAUAUUAUCACAAUCCACUGGCAUCAUUCUCAAUAACGAAAUGGGAGAUUUUUCAGUACCAACUGAAAUAGGAGACCAACUCCCCCCUGCUCCGACUAAUUUUAUCAAACCAAACAAACGACCCUUAUCAUCCAUGACUCCCAUCGUUGUUCUAAAGAAUGACCAACUUGUAGCAGUAAUUGGAGGGAGCGGUGGCUUGUACAUUCUUGAAGCAGUAAUCCAAGUUUUUCUCAACUAUUUUGCUAUGGGAAUGGAUCCCUUGGCUGCAGUACAGAAUCCAAGAGUUUACCAUAAGCUGAUUCCGAAUACAGUAUUGUAUGAAAACUGGACAGUUAUUGAUGGGGAUCAUAUUGAACUAGCUGAAGAGAGGAAGAAGUUUCUAGAAGAAAGAGGUCAUCAAAUGGAAGCAAAGAAAGGAGGAGCCAUUUGCCAGCUUAUUGUUCAAACUAUUACUGAUGAUUAUGAUGAUGUAAAUCAAAUGGGAAGAAAAUAUGGGAAACCUUCAUCAAAUGAUAAAAGAUUUGCCCAUGGAGUAUUAACGGCGGUGAGUGAUCCUAGGAAAGAUGGGAGGCCUGCAGCCGUAUGAUCAAUGAUCUCUAAGGUAGAAUGAAUAAUGCCCAUUAAUGGUCGAACCAGACCAUUUACUUGUUGUUGUGUAUAUAUCAAAACAGUAAUUCUCAGUCUAUAAAUUAAUAUUCUGGAAUUUAAGUAUAUAUUUUCAUUUCCUAAUUGAUAAAAUAACAUGAAAAUACCAUGUCAUAAAAAGUAU